AUGAUAAAGAAAACACGUGUGCAACAGCCUUCUGCUGGCCAGGGUGGCACCGACUCACUGGUCAACCAGGAGGAUUCUUAUGCCAAUGAUUCAUUUGGCAAAAAUUCACAAGACGGCACCCUGAUGAUGCGAGAGACGUUUUGGGAAAGCAAGCUCGGUCAUGCCGAGAGCAAUGGUUUCCCCUGUAACUCCAAUCUGCCUGAUCUAGUGCAGCAAAGCCACUCGCCUGGCGAGGGCCCUGGGCGGCUUUCUAGUGGGCUGGACCUGGACUCUGUGGCUGAAUUUGGGAUGGGGAGUGGGUCCAAAGCCUCCUUCACUCCUUUUGUGGACCCACGAGUGUAUCAGACCUCCCCCACAGAGGAUGAUGAGGACAACCCUGCCUCAGCUCAUUUUACAGAUGAACUCCUACGGCAGGAACAGGAACAAGCUCGACUAAAUGAGGCUCGGAAAAUAUCUGUUGUUAAUGUCAAUCCCACCAAUAUCAGGCCACACAGUGACACACCGGAAAUCCGCAAGUACAAGAAGCGUUUCAACUCUGAGAUCCUGUGUGCGGCACUAUGGGGAGUGAAUCUGUUGGUAGGAACAGAAAAUGGGCUCAUGUUACUAGAUCGCAGUGGUCAGGGCAAAGUCUACAAUCUGAUCAACCGCAGGCGCUUUCAGCAGAUGGAAGUUCUGGAGGGUCUCAAUGUCCUGGUCACCAUAUCAGGCAAAAAAAAUAAACUGAGGGUCUACUAUCUGUCAUGGCUUAGAAACAGGAUACUUCACAAUGACCCUGAGGUAGAAAAAAAACAAGGGUGGAUUACCGUUGGUGACCUAGAGGGAUGUGUCCAUUAUAAAGUCGUCAAAUAUGAGAGGAUUAAGUUCUUGGUGAUUGCAUUGAAGAAUUCAGUGGAGAUUUAUGCCUGGGCUCCCAAACCCUACCACAAAUUCAUGGCUUUCAAGUCUUUCACAGAUCUUCAGCACAAGCCUAUGCUUGUGGACCUGACGGUGGAGGAGGGUCAGCGGUUAAAGGUUAUCUAUGGCUCCAGCGUUGGUUUUCACGUGAUAGAUGUCGACUCUGGGAAUCCGUACGAUGUCUACAUUCCGUCCCACAUUCAGGGCAGUGUUACCCCUCACGCCAUUGUGGUGCUUCCCAAGACCGACGGCAUGGAGAUGCUUCUGUGUUAUGAAGAUGAGGGAGUCUAUGUGAACACAUACGGCAGAAUCACUAAAGACGUGGUGCUCCAGUGGGGAGAGAUGCCCACCUCUGUUGCCUACAUCCACUCCAACCAGAUCAUGGGCUGGGGAGAGAAAGCCAUUGAGAUCCGCUCCGUGGAAACGGGACACCUCGACGGAGUUUUCAUGCACAAGAGAGCACAGCGACUGAAGUUCCUUUCGGAGAGAAACGAUAAAGUGUUCUUUGCCUCAGUCAGAUCAGGAGGCAGCAGCCAAGUUUUCUUCAUGACCUUGAACAGAAACUCCAUGAUGAAUUGGUAAUUCAUCCCCGCCCUUCCCUGCAUUGUAUCUGUGGACCUUUUCUACUUUAUUGAAAAGUGUGAAAAAAGGAAAGACAGGAAAAUCCAGGUGCGCUGGAUAAUCUGGCAGACGGCAAAAAGACCAAACCUUGCUGGGACCUUCUCAGAAGAGUCAAAGACAAACCCAAAAUCCACACGCCCCCGCCAACAACAAGGGGCGCCGGAGGAGAAGAACAACCGGUCUGCAUUAUUUUUAAGGCUCUUUUAUUAACAAGCGUGGGGUUCUGGUGUUUUUUGUCUUCUGGAGGUGAAGACUGGAAAUAUGGGGAAUAAGACCCACAGAGUAGAGUGAAUAUUUGUACUGUUAAGACACUUUUCGACAAUUUAUCACGGUUGCGCUGAACGUCAGUAAACCUCCCUUGCGGGAUGAAUCCAUUGAGGCUGGUUUGUGUGAUCAACCCUUUUUCUUUUUUAUGUUUCAGCUGGGAAUGCACACAGAUGUUUGUUUCAUGUGGAUAUCACUCUAAUGUCUGAUAUUUAAGACUUGUAUGAUACUUUGCCACAUUAUGUUGGAGCAGACACACUUUGGGCUGUCCACAGAAUGCCUUAAAUAUGAAUUCGCAAAGCUGCUCGGUUUUAUUUUCAUGUCCGUAAUAUAUUGAUGUUUAUGCAUAUUUCUGUAAGGAAAGGAAAAUGCUACUUUUUUGGAUGGAAAUCGAUGCCUGCUGAUAAGGACGUAUAACGGAACUAUAUAAUGAUUCUGAAUAUUCAUACUGUGCAUUCCUAGUUUUAUCCCAAAGCUCUAUAGUAUUCACAUUUGGAGCCUGUGGUUUGGCACUGUAUUCCUAGUGCUCAGGGAGAUGGUGCUGUCGAUCAGACCUUUUUAUAUUAAUUUCUAUUGUCUUUACAACUUAUGUUAUGGGCGAUUUAAAGGGAUAGUUCACUCUAAAAUUACAAUUCUGUUCUCAUGCCAUUCCAAAACUGUAAGACUUUUGUUCCUCAGUUACACAUAAAAAGAUAAGUUUAUUAGACUGUUCAAGCUGCUCUCUUCCAUACAAUGAAAGUAAUUGAAUUGAAAGUAAAUAAAAUUACAGACAAAAAAAACAACAUAAAAGUAGUCAAUGUGCACUGUAUUUCUAGUUUCUGAAGCCAUAUGGUGUUUUGUGUGAGGAACAGGCUCAAAGUUUUGGUCACAAAUAACAGUCUGGACAUUGACAAAAAUAUUGGCAAGACAAUAAGGCGAGUCAUUUUUGGGUGUUUUACUGGCCCUAUGAGAACUUGAAUUUCCAUAUGGAUUGGAUUAGACCGUAAUUUGUAUUAAAGGGUGAAACUGGUCUGCAGAGAUGAUUCUGGAACGCUUUAUCACCACAGUGCUAAGAAACAGUCUGAAUACUUCAACUGACUGGUAAAUACUACAGAGCUUUCUAUUGAAACAUAAAAAAGUACAUUAAGAUUCUGUUUUGAGUAUUACAGUUUCUUUGUAAGAGUGUGAAUGAAUGAUGAGAUGUAAUGCUUUCCACCAAUGAUACAAAAAUAACCAUUAACAUACCAGCAAUCCCAAUUGUUUUCGUAUCAGGAGUAACACGUGUCAUUAGAAUAAGAAUGUGCUGCAGUUUUGUAUUUUUGAGUGCAAUAAAGGCCAAGCGAAUCGAGCCUGGUGAGUCGAUUGCUCACCUCUCCUCAUGAUGGAUCUCCAACUCUUUCUAGAGGGACAUUCACUUCCACCCUCUGUAAAUAUCCACUUCCGUUUCGGAAAAGAGUCCUGCCUCCGAAUCGAAUGCAUAGGAACUGUGAGGAUGUGACAGAAAUGUGCGAUGCUGUUUGUGGUUCUGUAAGAUCCACCACCUCCUCUGUGUGAAUCACAUGAAUCAGUGAACGAAGGGUAGUGUUUUGUGAGUAGAGCUUCCUUUUAGGCUACCUCGUUUCUGUUCACCUGUUGGAUCCGGGGGGGGGGGGGAUUGUGUCUUUUUGAAAUGCAACCAGUAGAUCAGUGAAUUUUCAACGUUAUUCAAUUAUAAUAGGUAUUUUCAAUUGGCGAUGAGGAUGUUGUAAUUAACAAAUGUAAAAUAAGGCUAUGUUGUCAUCCCACGUAGAUUCAGAGGUGAUUUGAGUGUAGAGCGCCAGACAGAAAUAUUCAGAAAUGGACACUUUAAAAAAAAUGGACACUGUCUUGUGUAACAGCCAAAUCAAGCCUACACUUCAUAUUAGGGUGAUUCUUCAAUUAGGGCAACUUUUCGGUACCCACGGAUUAUUUUAAGGGAAAAUCUUAAAAUUGUUCUUUCUUUUUGGUCUCUCUAAUAAUUUUUCCCCCCUUUAAGACAUGUUCCGUUUAUUUGUAAUUUAUUUAUACAUUUUCAUUUUUAUACAUUGUUUUUUUAUCCAAUACUACUGUCAUCACUGCCAUGCCAAGAAUUGUAUUUGAUCAAUUAAUUUUAUGAUAAUUUUUUUUAGACCAAGCACACAACUGACAUUUCAAAAUCCACUUGAUAAGUUAUAUAAAACUGUUUAAAGACGUUGCAUUUUUAGGAUUACACAAACACAAAAAUGCCUCUAACUGCAGAAUCGCACAUUAAUAGACUUGAAGUCCUUCCAAAUGACGUGGCAUUUUAUUCAAAUAGGUGGAAUCGUGAAAUAACAGUCCUUUAUAUACUUUUAUAUAUUUUCAUUACAGUUCUGUAAGGGCAAUAGUGUGAAAUUCACUUGACACAACUAGGAUCUUUUGAGACUUCAUGUUUUUUGUCCAGCAAACUGUGAACUGAGUGGAUGUGCAGGUGGGAAAUACUUAUGGGGUCUUCCCAUUCAUUUUAUCAACACGGCUGUGAGGUUGGUUGAUUUCUUCAUCUCUCAUGCACCACCUUCAGUGGUGGAAAGUCUUUUGAUGUGUGCUUGACCUCAUUUUCUUUCUUAAUAUGGACAUUAAUACUGUAAGUACAUCCUUUAUAUUCACGCUGAGCGAGUUGUUUUAUUUCUGUAUUUCUCUUAUUUUUUGUGUAUUAAAAUUUGAGAUUUAUAGCACAA